GCCACAGGUGAGGAGAGGCGGGAGGGUCGGCUGGGCGGGGCUGCGCUCCCGGUUUAAAAGAGGCGCCGAAGGAGCCUCCGCCCUCUUCUUCCCUCCCCGCCUGGCGAAGCGCCCCUUGCUUUUUUGGGCUGCCCUGCGCUAAGCUGGUUCCGACUGUUUUCUUGCCUGCAAGCAGUCGGGAAGUGGGAGGGAGGGGGUGCCUUCACAGACUGUGGCAGCUGCCCCCCGUUUCUCUUCGGUGACUUCCUGCAGAAAGAACGGGCUGGCCUCUUUUUCUCCUAUCCUGUCACGCAUAGAAUACUAUAAGACAUUUUAAAUGACAGAUAAAAUAACAUAUUCAUAACUCCAGCAAAGCUAUGAUGGAGGUCGGGAAAUGGCCUAUAUUUACAUUGCUUUCACCUCAAGAAAUGGCAACAAUUAAAAAAGCAUGUGUAUUUGGAACAUCUGCCAAUGAAGCUAUAUACAUCACCCACAGCGAUGAGGUUUUUGUAUUUGGACUAAAUUGCAGUAACUGUCUGGGAACUGGAGAUAAUCAGAGUACUAUUGUACCCAAAAAACUUGAGAGUUUAUGCGGAAAGAGGAUCUGCAGUCUUAGCUAUGGAAGUGGGCCGCAUGUGAUCCUUAGUACAGAAGAUGGUGAAGUUUAUGCCUGGGGACAUAAUGGAUAUAGUCAGCUUGGGAAUGGGACAACCAACCAGGGUGUGACGCCUAUUCAGAUUUCUACUAAUUUGCUUGUUAAGAAAAUAACCGAAGUAGCUUGUGGUUCCCACCAUUCUCUUGCAUUAUCAUCUGAUGGAGAUGUAUAUGCCUGGGGCUAUAACAACUGUGGGCAAGUUGGGUCAGGAUCAACUGCAAACCAGCCAACUCCUCGCAGAGUCUCCAAUUGUUUACAGGCUAAGGUAGCAGUCAGCAUUGCCUGCGGUCAAACUUCUUCCGUUGUGGUCAUAGAUAAUGGGGAGGUCUAUGGCUGGGGUUACAACGGCAAUGGACAACUUGGUCUGGGAAAUAAUGGCAAUCAGUUAACUCCAUGCCGAGUGGCAGCGCUUCAAGGUGUAUGUGUGAUGCAGAUUGUCUGUGGCUAUGCACACACGCUAGCACUAACAGAUGAGGGUUUACUGUAUGCCUGGGGAGCAAACACUUAUGGGCAGUUGGGGACUGGCAACAAAAGCAACCAUCUCAGCCCAGUGCAAAUCAUGAUGGAAAAGGAGAGGGUUGUCGAGGUUGCUGCUUGCCAUUCUACUCACACAUCUGCUGCCAAAGCACAGAGUGGCUUAGUGUACAUGUGGGGUCAGUGUCGGGGGCAGUCGGUGGUCCUGCCCCAUGUUACCCACUUUUCCUGCAUAGAUGAUGUGUUUGCUUGCUUUUCCACUCCUGCUGUGAUGUGGCGUCUCCUGUCAGUAGAGCAUGAGGAAUUUUUAACAGUGACGGAGUCUCUGAAGAGAGAAUUUGAUAGUCCUGAAACAUCAGAUCUAAAGUUUAGAGUAGAUGGAAAAUUCAUUUAUGUACAUAAAGCUGUUUUAAAAAUCAGAUGUGAGCACUUCCGUACUAUGUUCCAGUCCUAUUGGAAUGAAGACGACAAGGAAGUGAUAGACGUAGAUCAGUUUUCCUAUCCAGUGUAUCGUGCUUUUCUUGAGUACCUGUACACCGACAAUAUUGACUUGCCACCCGAAGAUGCUAUAGGGCUUCUGGACUUGGCUACAUCGUACUGCGAAAACCGAUUGAAAAAAUUAUGUCAACAUCUCAUCAAAAGAGGAAUCACAGUGGAGAAUGCUUUCUCGCUGCUCUCUGCAGCGGUGCGCUAUGAUGCAGAGGAUUUAGAAGAAUUCUGCUUUAAGUUUUGUAUCAAUCAUUUGACUGAAGUCACCCAGACAACUGCCUUCUGGCAAAUAGAUGGUUCUUUGCUAAAGGAAUUCAUUGCUAAAGCCAGUAAAUAUGGAGCCUUUAAGAACUGAGAGGUGUGUUUGUUUUGGACUGUUAUCUCCACAGCUUUCAUGCCUUUUUCUCAUAAGUCCAAUUAAUUAUAUCGCCUACAAUAUAAAACCUAAUGCCCAACAGCUGUACUCUUAAAGAGAUUCCAAAUUAAAUAGAAAGCAUUUUACUUGGGUUUUGUUACUCCAAAGAAUUGGAUCUAUUUACUGUUUUAAGUAACUCUUGAGAAAAUCAGAACAGAUGGAGUGGGUAGAAGUAGCUAAAAUAAUGUCAGAGAUUGUUCUUUGCAGAUGGUUUGUUAAUUUUUUGUAAUCACAUUGUGGUACCUCAUUCUUUGGAAGCACUCUGAUGGCAACUGGAAGCAAACUAUUUUACAUGGAUAAGGGGAGUUUUGAGAAAGGAAUCAAUAUAUAUGAAGGAAACUUACACUCUAGUCAUUUGAAAAAUUGUGAAAAAUGUUGCAUUCCUCUAUACAUCUUUCUAGGAAUAAGGCUCACUGAAUUCAGUGGGAUGUAAUAAAUUUGCACUGUAAGUACAUUGAGUUAUAUAAUAACUUGAAAUGUUCAAGAAUCAACUUGUUUUUCCUAACCAAACUGGAAUUUGUGUUUUUGUAUUUCCUUUGAAGUUUAUUAUGUUUGAAAAAGAAUUACAUAUUGUUCUGUUUUGUGGACAUAAAUCAUUCAAAGUAAAUGACUGUUAGAAAGCUGUUUUGCAUUGUGAUUAUGUAUAAACUAUAUAAUAAAAUAGAUGCCUGCCUAUUGUGAAUUUUAAACUUUAUUAAAAUUAUGCACUAAAUCAUCUUUAUGUGAGGAUUGGUAUUCUGGAUGGAUUCCUUUUUUCACCCCAAAAGUCGGAACGAAGUUAGGAAGUUAAUUAUUUGUGCAGCAUUUCCAAAAUGUGAUUGAGAAAAGCUAUUAAGUCUUUUGGAGUAUUUGCUAUAGAAAAGUUUGAUCUU